AUGGUUUUUCCUAAUAGGAAUUUAAGUAUUACAAGUAGAUAUUCAACAAUUGAUGAUGGAGAGUACGGUGAUAUGUCAUAUUCAAAAAGAUUAUUAUCAGAUGUUAAAAGAAAAUUACCUGAUUCAUCACAUCUUAGGAUAACAGAUUUUAAGGAAAAUUUUACCAAAAUUAAAGAACUUGGUAUGGGACGUUUUGGAUCAGUUGCACAGUACUUGAAUAGAAAAACAAAUACUUUUGUUGUUGGUAAACAUGUAAAAAUGGAGAUGUUUGAUCAUUGGUCUCAGGAUUGGGAAAUUCUUCAUAAUUUAUCUAGAAAACAUGAUAGGAUAGCUGAUUUUAUUGGAAUUUAUAGUGAUGAUAUGGAACUUAUUGUUUUUACAGAAUAUCUAUGUAAUGGAAGUAUAAAAGAUAAACUUGAAAAAGGAGUUGGAUUAAGUGAAAAAUUAUCACUAAAAUAUUUUUACCAAGUUUGUGAAGGUCUUCAUUGGCUUCAUGAUAGAGCUAAUCCUGUUAUACAUAGUGAUAUUAAAACAGCAAAUAUUUUAAUAACAACUUUUGAUGAUGUAAAAUUAGCUAAUUUUGGUUUAGUUAGAGAUUUAGCUAUUGAUGGAUUUGGUGUUUCUGUUGGAUCUGAAGUUUCAUUUGACUUUAGAGGAACUAUGUUAUAUGUUGCACCUGAAGUGAUAACAUCAGAAUUAGGACCUGGUAAUAAAAAUGCUUAUGGUAAACCAGCAGAUAUGUGGGCAUUAGGAUGUACAUUAAUUGAAAUGUUAGUAUGCCAUCCACCAUACUUUGAAUAUUUUGGUUGUGUGGAAGAAAUGCAAAAAGAGGUUCGAGAACGUGCUAAUGGACCAAUUGAUAAACAAUUACCAUAUGAGAGUAAAGUCCUCUGUCCAACAGCAUCACAACAUAUAAAAUUUUUAAUUGAUAAAUUAUUUGACAAAAAUCCAGAUACCAGAAUAACAGUAUCACAAUUAAUAAAAUUAAAAAGAAAGAUUGAUGAAAAUUCUGAACAAAGUAUUAUUGAUUUAUAUUCAUUAUAUGAUCAACUUAACUUAGGUUCAAGUCAGGCAACAUUAUUUUCAAGUGAUUUAAAUUCUUCCUCCAGUACCAUUGAAAUGAAAUAUUUAAGAGAUAAAGAUGAUCUUGAUGAUGAUAUAGUAGCAACAGAAAAAGAAAUGUCUUUAAAAUUACCUCAAAAAAAUAUAAUAUCUAGAACAAUAUCAUCAUCUGGGUUAUCUUCAACAAAAAAAGAACCAAAAAGAAAGACAAUAAAUGAUGUGGCAAUAUGUUGUGCAUUUUUUACCUCUAGAUUUAUACUAUUUUUUAGAUAUUAUUUUCAAUCAUUAUGUUAUACAACUAUUUUUGUAAUAUUAGGUAUCAUUAUAUUAGCAGCAUUUUUUUCAAUAACAUUUGGUGUCAUUCAGGGUGUCAGAAAAGCAAUUACAAGUGUCUGUAAUUGUGAUCUAAAUCAACCUCAAUUUUUAAUAAUUUCUGGAAUAUUUUUUAUUCUUCUUUUUGCUUUAUUAUUUUCAUGUUGUAUGGUUGCUAUUGGUGAGUACAAAUUUCGAAUGGCUAAUAGAACCUUAAGAAGAAGUAAAUAUUUUGUUAAAAGGCCUUCUCAUGAUUUAAAAUUAUUUGGUAUUACUAUUGUUAGAAAAGAAAAAGAUGAAGAUGAUAGUGAGGAUGAUGACGAUGAUGAUAAUGUCAAAGAAAUACCAAAACUGUAUAUUACAUCACCAUCUCAGCAGGUGUCGAGUAAUAAUAAAAAUAAUAUGCUGAAAGAUGUAGUGAUAACAGAAGCAAGCGUAAAUAAAAGUUUACUUAGUAAUAAUAAUGAUGUUACAAUGGAUUUUUAUUACAACUGA